UACGUGAUGAUUGCCUGUUGUACAACGGUUUGUUUAGUGUAACAUAACUUUAACCUAAUCUCGAUUUGGUUUCAUCAUAUGUAUGGUAGAACACGAGUGUUGGAAUCGAUGGACCAAUCAAAUUAAAAACUAAGGAAAACCAACCUUCAGUCAAUAAUUUACUCCUUCCUUUCUAUCUCCUUAAAACCAGUACCAUAUAGACAAAUAGAGCAAGGAGGAGUUAUGUCAGUCAUCGUCCAGUGGUGGAAUUGCUUAUCCUAAAAUUCAAUCUUAAAAGAGUCCUUAAAUCCGCGUCCCUAUUAUCUUUCCACUCUGAAUCUGAUCCCCAAAAUUCAAUCUUUUUCUUUUAUAUUUUCCAUUCCCUCUCUCUUAAAAAAAAAUAAAAAUCAAAACUUGACAAGGAAAAUCAUCAAAAUCAUCAUUUUGGAGACAUGGGUUUGGAUGGGAAUGAAGAAACAGGCACAAUCCAAGAAGUGCCAAACAAUUCAAUUUUCAGAUACAACUCGCCUCUGGUCCAAGUAAUCCUUAUCGGAUUGGUCUGCUUUUGCUGUCCUGGAAUGUUCAACGCUCUCUCCGGCAUGGGUGGCGGUGGUCAGGUCGACCCGACGGCUUCCGACAACUCCCUCAUCGCACUCUACACCACCUUCGCCGUCUUCGGAAUCCUCGGCGGCGGAAUCUACAACGUCCUCGGACCCCAUCUGACGCUUCUCACGGCUUGCUUGACUUACGUCCUCUACGCCGGCUCUUUCCUUUACUACAAUCACCACCACAACCAGGUUUUCGCCAUUGUCGCUGGAGCUAUACUCGGCAUCGGAGCUGGGCUUUUGUGGGCCGGACAAGGUGCUAUCAUGACGUCAUACCCACCGCCUGAUCGGAAAGGAACUUAUAUUUCCAUCUUCUGGAGUAUAUUCAACAUGGGUGGUGUCAUUGGAGGCCUAAUUCCUUUCAUUCUCAAUUACCAUAGAACCAAAGCUGCUUCUGUUAAUGAUGGUACUUAUGUUGCUUUCAUGUGCUUCAUGUUUGCUGGGGCUCUACUUUCUCUGGCUAUUUUGCCACCUAGCCGUGUUGUUCGUGAUGAUGGGACAAGGUGUACGAAGAUUAAGUACUCCAAAGUGACCACAGAGAUUGUUGAGAUUGCCAAGCUGUUUAAGAAUUGGAAAAUGCUUCUUAUAGUCCCUGCAGCUUGGUCCAGCAAUUUCUUUUACACUUACCAAUUCAAUAAUGUUAAUGGGGUGUUGUUUAAUCUGAGGACUAGAGGAUUGAACAAUGUGUUCUAUUGGGGUGCUCAGAUGUUGGGGUCUAUUGUUAUUGGACACUUGAUGGAUUUCAGUUUCACGAGUAGGAGGACUAGAGGGUUUUUUGGGAUUGGAGUGGUUGGUCUCCUUGGAACUGGUAUUUGGGCUGGUGGAUUAGCCAACCAGCUCUUGUACUCCCGCCAUGAUUUGCCAGAUGAGAAGUUGGAUUUUAAGGAUUCUGGUGUUGAUUUUGCUGGACCAUUUGUAUUGUAUUUUAGUUUUGGGUUGCUGGAUGCCAUGUUCCAAAGCAUGGUUUACUGGAUCAUUGGAGCCUUGGCUGAUGAUUCUGAAAUCCUUAGCAGGUAUGUUGGGUUCUAUAAGGGAAUACAGAGCGCAGGUGCAGCUGUUGCUUGGGUAGUUGACUCUCGCAAGGUAUCCUUCAUGCACCAAUUGAUCACUAAUUGGUCGCUUACAACAGCGAGUUAUCCAUUACUGGUGGUUUUGGUCAUGUUUGCUGUGAAGGAUGAGAACCAGGAUGAAGAAGAAACUGCCAAAGAGGCUACUCCUUCAUCAUUUAACCCUGCCUCUGUCAAAUAAUGGUUAAUAAUGGUCUUAGCAAGUUGAUUUAAAUACCAUUUGUUCUGUGAUUAUCUUUCCUUUAUUUUUCAAUCUCAACUGAUAUUAUCAUUUUCACAGUGCCAAAAGUCUUAUUAAAAAAAAAAAAAGAAUUCCAAUGUU